AAUAAUUAAUUAAUAAGGAGAGAGAGAGAGAGAGAGUAAAAUGCCAUGCUUGAAACUUGUUGGCGAAGGACCGUACUUAGUCAGUCAGAGUCAGGUGUGUGUGAGAAAUUUCAGUCAAAAACCAUUCUUUCCUCUUUCUUGCUUGCCACCUUAACUCAUUUCUCCGAUCACUCUCAACUCGCUGCGUUCAACUCAACGAUUUAGUUAUAGAGAUGGAUGUUAUGGAGGUUGUGAACUUAUGUAGUGAUGAUGAAGGGGAGGACGGCAUUGUAACUGUUAGUAGUGUAAACCCGCAUCAGACCAACAAAGAAUUAUCAACCAAAAAUCAGAAGUAUCAAAGUCAUUCUACUAAUCAAGUUUCUGAAGAAACUAUACUAUCCAGUGGUGAAAGUUUGUGCCGUAGUUAUACGGGUACAUCCGGACUUUCUAGUCCACAACCACUUUCUGCAACACCCGAUUGUAGGAAGUUUUGGAAAGCAGGAAACUAUGAUAAUGGGCUUGGUUCGAAAGUCGGCUCCCAACAUGCAAAAAACUAUCUUCAUGUCCACCCUUUGUUCCUUCACUCAAAUGCCACUUCACAUAAGUGGGUAUUUGGUGCCAUAGCCGAGCUUCUUGAUAACGCAUUUGAUGAGAUCCAAAAUGGGGCUACUUCUGUUAUGGUGGAUAAGAUUUUAAAUCCGAAGGAUGGAAGUCCAGCAUUGUUGAUUCAAGACAAUGGUAAUGGAAUGGAUCCAGAAGCAAUGCGGCGUUGCAUGAGCUUUGGAUUUUCGGAUAAGAUGUCAAAUUUUGCAAUUGGACAGUAUGGAAAUGGUUUCAAGACUGGUAGUAUGAGACUGGGCGCAGAUGCAAUUGUCUUCAGCUGCCACAUGAAUGAUAUGGCAUGUACAAAAAGCAUUGGACUUCUAUCUUAUACAUUCUUGACGCGAGCACAGCUUGACAGAAUUGUAGUGCCCAUGGUAAGUUAUAAGUGUAAUACAUCAACAGGAUACCUGGAAAAACUAAAUCACCAAGAGCAUUUUACGUCUAAUAUGUCCUUGCUGCUGGACUGGUCUCCAUUUCUAUCAGAAGCAGAAAUUGUGAAACAAUUUGACGACAUUGAAAAUCAUCACGGUACGAAAAUUAUUGUCUUCAAUUUAUGGUUCAAUGAUGAUGGGAAUUUAGAACUAGACUUUGAUACUGAUCCUGAGGAUAUUCUUAUUUCUGGAGAUAGGAAGAAGAUUAGUACGCUUCCAGCCUGGAAGAGAGUAAAUGAGCAACAUAUAGCUAACCGGCUUCAAUAUUCUUUACGUGAUUACUUGUCUAUAUUGUACUUGCCGGUACCAAAAAGUUUUAGAAUCAUAUUGCGAGGGAAAGCUGUGAAGCUUCGUAACUUAGCAGAUGAUCUCAAAGAUACUGAGUUCAUCGUGUAUAGACCACAAAAUGGUGGUUCCGAAGAGGGAUUAUUUGUGACCACAAUUGGAUUUGUUAAAGAAGCUCCUGAAGUCAGCAUCCACGGCUUCAAUGUCUAUAACAAAAAUCGGCUGAUAUUGCCAUUUUGGCCGGUUGUGAAAGAUUUAAUCAAUAGGGGUAGAGGAGUUGUUGGCAUAUUGCAAGCAGAUGAUGUUCAGCCAACUCAUAAUAAGCAAGAUUUUGAGAAGACUUCCCUGUUUCAAAAGCUUGAAAUGCGCUUGAAGGAUAUGACAUGGGAAUACUGGGAUUUACAUUGUCAUAAAAUUGGGUAUCAGCAAAAGAAGCGUAGAAAUCUAGCUGGCCCACUUAAUUCAUCAAUGAAGAAAUCACUUGUUAAAGAAAACCCAGUUGCAUUGGAUAACUGUUCUUCACCUGUGCCAGUAUCUAACACACAAGGCGGAUCUGAACAAACAUGUCUUACCAAGAGGAAGACACGUGGAUUUAUAGAUCAUCGUGAGAUGAAAAGGCAAGCAGCGGAAACAAAUGUAACAGGUCUUUGUUGCAAUCAGAAAGUACAGACUACCGCAUCACCUGCAGACCAGACAGUUGACCAACAAACUGUGAACUUACUGGAACAGAAGAAGAAACUCAUAGCUAAAUGUUCUGCAUUUGAAAAGGCAGAGAAGGAACUUAAUCUUAAGGUGACAGAGCUUAGGAAUAAACUUGAAGAAGCAAACCUCAAGUAUAACAGACUUCUGGCCGAAGCAGAAGAAUUAGACUGUCUGGCUGAACUAUAAGCAAACAGCAUAAUGAGCUACAGCUAAAUCGCGCACAGUUCUUGUUCCCUCUUAAAGGUUUUUGGAUAUUUUGUUUGUAGAUAGAAGUAAGCCAAAGCUGAGGUCUGCCUUUUGUAUGUAUGAGAAAAAAGUACUCUGGACUUCAGUCAGUAACUGAGCAAUUAAAGCAUAGUUGAUAGUAUUAGUAUUACUAGUCCUAUGUUAUGUUUGGGCCUUCUAUGAUUGGUUAUUUUUCUUUCUGUGACUAUUUGUAAACUUUGGUAGUCUAUCUUGGCACACCUUGUGCUGAGGAGACUAUUUGUUAAUAUAUCUCAUUUUAGCUUCUUCAAAA